UCAUGUUGACAGUUGUUGUAGGUGCUUACAGUAGAUAAUUAAAGUAGGCAUGUACAUUUACCGUCAUAUGACUUUAAUAAAACGUAGCUAACCAUAAUUGUAAGCACAAACUUGGAUUUUAUAACCUGUAGUUUGUUAUAUAAUAACCAAGUUUACAAUAAUGAAAUUACCACAUAAAAAAGUGAUGAGUCAAUUCUUGAAUGUAGAAUUGGCGCUAAAUGGACGGGGUCGUUUUUGUGGAAAGAUGAAUAAGGUAGAAGCUGGUGAAGUAUUUGGAGAUUGGCAGUACCAUCGUGAAAUAGGCAGUGGUGGCUUUGGACUUGUAACAGCAUGGAAGAAUCAGAUAACCAGUGAAAUGCUUGUCAUUAAGCAGUGCAAGCAAAAACUUGAUCCUAGAAACAAGGGUCGCUGGCAAGACGAAAUCCAGCUCAUGAACUCCAAUAAACACAUAAAUUUAGUUGCUGGCCGUCCUAUUCCAACAGAGAUUGAAAAUGCUUUGAGAAGUCCAGAACCAUUGUUGGGACUUGAAUAUUGUGAGAGCGAUUUAAGAAAGCUCCUUGGUAAUGCAAUACACAGUUGUGGCUUAAAAGAAAAAAUGGUUGUAAAUAUAUUAAAAGAUGUUUCAUGUGGCUUAGAAUUUCUUCACAAAAAAAACAUUGUCCAUAGAGACUUAAAGCCUGAAAAUAUCUUGUUGUGUCAUCAAGGUAAUAAUGUAAUCUACAAGAUAACAGAUCUAGGCUAUGCUAAGCAACUUGAUGCCAGAAGUAUAUGUAUGUCUUUUGUUGGUACUAUUCAAUAUUUGGCUCCUGAAUUAUACGAUUAUCAAAGUGGUUAUAACCGAACAGCAGACUACUGGAGUUUUGGUACUGUUAUUUUUGAAUGUAUAACUGGAACCAGGCCCUUUUUGUUGACAGAACAUGCUUUUCAGUGGCCAAAAUUAAUUAAAGACAAAAGCGAUCAACACAUAUGGGGUUACAACGAUGAUUUAUCAAACAGUGUGAAGUUUUGCGCAGAUAUUCCGUCUCCUAACCACAUGUGUCCACCCCUUUUAGAUGCAUUCAAAAACUGGCUUCAAAUGGUUUUAAAACAUGACCCAAAAACCCGUGGCAAGAAUGAGAAAGGAGAAAUAAUUUGUUACACAACGAUUAGUAGCAUUCUUGACAUGAAAAUCAUUCACAUCCUGAAUGUGUUGACGUGUAUUGACGUUGCGUAUGAAUGUCGACCUGACGACUGUGGGAGCCAUUUAAAAGCUUUCCUCAAAGAGCACACAGGUAUUCCUAUUAAAAACCAAUUAAUCUUAUUUCCAUGUGGUGAUGAACUAGAAGAUGAUGAUAGUUUAGAAAGAUGUCAUCAACAACCAGAUUUGAUUUACUUAUUUAACAAAAACAAGCGCGCUGAGCACAAUAUCAAUAUCUUCUUGUCGCAACGCGUGCGAGAGCUUGCAGGCUCGCCAGACGAAUUACGUAAAUAUCCAGACUUGAAGCUGUAUUGGUCUCACUCUCUGUACGACUGCAGUAAAAUGGCAUCAGAAUAUGAACAGCUGCUUCGUGGUCAGCGGGCACUAAUGAUUAACAUGGUGCGCACAAAGUAUAAAAAAUGCGAGCAGUUGAAAGAAGAGUUCGUGAAAGCAGCAAUCCGGCUUGACUCUAUUAUCAAUAUAUAUGAAGAAAGUUACAAUUGCGAUUUACAAUUUUACAAAAAGACUGACCUCACAGAGGAAGAGGCAAGUUUUUUGGAGGAAUGGAGAGUAAUGUAUGAUGAAGUAAAAAGUUUUGCAGAGUGUAUUAACAACGAUAUACUCAAAGAAAUUACUCAAGUACAAGAACAGUGUUCGCAGUUGCAACAAAGCCCACUGAUCUCUGAACAGAAACAAAAUGAAUUGGAAGAAUUGUCGUGUCAAGCGGAGAAAAAAGUAGACAAACUGCGGAGAGCGCCUCCAGAGUACAAAGAUAAGAAACAUGACUCGAAACAUAUCUAUGAAAUAAUAAUGAAAUGUGUCUCCGAAAAGGAAAGGUUGCUUCGAAUUUUUUAUGAGCAUCUCAAGAAAGUCGUGGUUAAUAGAUAUAAGUUGACCGAUUUAAUUAACAAAAUCUCAGAACAAAAUCAAGUUUUAAAGGAUAAAGCAGACAUAAUUCUAAAGAGACAGUUAUAUAGACAAGGUUUAUUAUGGAGAUUAUUUGGUUCUCAGUUAUCCUCGCCAGGGAGUUCUAUGACGUCAAAUAACUCGUUUAUACCAAGCAUGAUGAGCAAACUAGACACUGCAGAUGAAAGUGAAAGCAGCAGCCAAAUUAUUGACGACAUGGAAGACACUUUUAAAAAACUGGAAAAUCUUCUAAACAAUGAGGAUGAACAAGGUAGCGAUAUUCCUUCGCCGCCCAAUGAUAAAUAUGGACCUGUUAGGUCAGCAACAGUUGACGGAUCAUCGACACAGAAAGCGUGCAUCAAUAAAGAACCACUACGCAACCGAAGAGAAUCCGCACCAGCUAGUUAUUCCUUACCAGAGGAUAGUUUUCACCGACCAGGUUCACAUGUUCGGCCAUCGCAUGACAUUAGCAUACCUCGGAUUCCUAGAGUAUUUUCAGAAGAACGUGGUCCGAUUUCCGUGUCACCUUCUGGAAUGAAUCGCUCUUCUGUUCGAGUAUCAAACAUCCAGACUCAUACGCGUCAUCCGAACUAUAGCAGUGUUCAACAACCAGCUUCUUAUCCGUAUCAAGGACCGCAGUCUCUUGAGUAUAGGAGAAACCCAGUUCCUGAGUAUGGACCAACUAUAACAGAGCAUCUGCAUACUUCAAACAGUCAUCUAACACGCCAAGGUCAUGUAUAUUUUUGUGAUCUAAACAAGCACCAGCACACAAGCUUAUCUAGCUCGCCAAGUAGUGCAUCCGAGCUGUGCGUUCUAAAUCCAGUGACUAUCAAUGACUCGACGCAUUUUGGCACCAUGUCAGGUUAUAGAGACACGCCUAUUCCUGGGCCUUCACCAAACGCAAGUUAUCUAAACAAUACAGAUUUUUACAAUCAGGGGUACUUUAAAAAUGGACAUAUUCGAUCAACGAAUGUUGGCGGACGGACAACGCCUGGUGCACGUACAUAAAACUUUAUUUUUAAAGUUUUUUUUUUCUAUUUAAAAAGUAUAAUAAAUUCAUCGCCUUAUGUCUGUUUUUAGCUUUUUUAUAUUGCCACGUUGUACAGAAUGUUACAGUAAGUAGAAGAAAAAAAUAUCUUCCUCUCUUUUUUCUUUGUGGAAAAUGAAUUGCUUCGUAUUGUAGUCAAAUCUAAUUUGAAGAAGCAUAAUUUUUAUGUUUACGUUUAGCAUAUGUGUAUGUGUUUUUAUCGCGGGACGAAUUGAAUUUUUUAAAAAACAUUUUGUAAAUGAAUGGCAGUUUUAUUCUUUAAAUUUGUUGUAUUUAUUUGAAGUACGUAUUUUGUCUUCUGGUACCGCUAGCACCGAGCUUUACAUUCCAUCAAA